ACACACGCGUGCUUUUUAUGUGGCUCGGAGGGAGCUGCAGUGACGGCGGAAUUUGAUCUUCGGCUCGUUUUUUGACUUGGCAUAAAAUGGUUUGUGACUGGAUCGGGGUGGCAACACGGGUAUACAACGAUGAAGAAGAUAUGGAGUUUGGCAUCUGUUUAGAGGGGAAUAGAUCCGAUGAAGAGUCCCGAUCCACACUCCAGUCCAGUUGGUGGCGGUAAUGAACCAUAACGUUGGUUGACGACCGCCAUAAAACUUUACUACGAAGAAGAACACACGUGUUUCCUGUGUUUCCACUUAACCCUGCAUGAAACGGAGGCUGUCUUGUAAAUAAAUUGGAUUCAGCCAGCGAAAGGUGUAAAAAUGGUUCGUAAAUUAAAGCACCAUGAACAGAAGCUGUUAAAGAAGGUGGACUUCAUCAACUGGGAGGUGGACAACAACCUGCACGAGGUCAAAGUGUUGCGGAAGUAUCGCAUCGAAAAGAGGGAGGACUACACCAAGUACAACAAGCUGAGUCGUAACAUCAGAGAUCUGGCCCAGAAAAUCAGAGACCUGGAUGAUAAAGAUGGCUUCAGAGCUCAGAGCACACAUCGACUACUGGAAAAACUGUACAGUAUCGGUCUCCUCCCCACCAAACAGAAUCUGUCCCUCACAGAGAAAGUCACAGCUUCUUCAUUCUGCAGGAGGCGGCUGCCCAGCAUCAUGCUGAACCUUCGUAUGGCUCAGAACCUGAAGACAGCCAUCACCUUCAUUGAACAAGGACAUGUACGCGUUGGCCCAGACAUCGUCACAGAUCCAGCAUUUCUAGUCACAAGAAAUAUGGAAGAUUUUGUCACUUGGGUGGACUCCUCGAAGAUCAAGCAGCAUGUCCUGAAUUAUAAUGAUGAGAGGGACGACUUUGAUCUGGUGGCAUAAGUCUGUUGUCUAACAUCCAUUCAUCACCGUGGAGGACAGGAAAGGGACAAGAACUCUGCUCUUGUAACUGUCGAGUGAAUAACUCUACAACUCAGGAGUCAAACGUUUUAAUCUCCUAUCAACUAGAAAAGUGUAGGAAGAAAAUAAGUGCUCUCACCUCAACAACUAUAACUUAAGUUCGAUCUGAGAACGGACAGAAAGAGCACACUUCCAAGCUUUGUUGUUCACCCAAUACCUCUUUUUUUUUUUGAUGGUCCAAAAUCUGAUCUAUUGACAGGAUCAUCCAUCCAAAAUAUCUGAUUCUGGAGGUCAGGUGACUCUGUACUCGUGCCUGUCAAUGUCACCACUGACUUUUUACUGUAAAUCACUCAGCCACCAGUAGCACGAGAGCAGUGUCAGUUGUUACCUCCUCAUUUUUCCAGCAGAGGCACUCGAACACUGGCCACCAUCGCACUGGAUGUACAGAACUGCUUCCAGAGUUGUGUAGAUGUGACUGUUCCUUCUCCUGUAACCCCUGGCUUCAUAGGGUUAAUAUGUAUGUGACCAUGGAAACGAAAAGUGUAUAUACCAUAAAGAGGACUGUCACUGUCUGUUCAUGAUAUUAACGUGUCAUAAAUACAGCUGUAAAAUAGAAACUACAAUUUGUAAAAUAUUUAAUAUUUUCAAUAACUUUGUUACAAUGUAAACUUUGUGAACAAUAAACAUUCUUUUAUCACAGUA